AUGGAGCUGCUGUUCCGUCGCGUGACGUCGAUACAUGUGCUGGCCAAGACCGACGUUCUCGUGGCUACGUACCGCUCCAAACGUAGUCAAGCCAAGUGCAAGGCAUUCCGUGUGGCAAGUGGCAUUACUGUCAGCGACGAAAAGAAGAAGAACAAGCAGAAAGACCAGCGUCGACUGCAUCGUAAGAGCGAGAGACACGAAGCACUACCGCACGUAGAGGCACCUCCUCCACGCCCGACGCUGCAAGAGAUUGAUCAAGAAUGGGCCAGGAUGCGUGUACGGACGAUGGCUGUUCCACCUGCUAUGAUACCAGCACGAACCCGCAAGGACAUUGAGAAUAAGCGACGCAUGCGGCGUCUUGGUUUGCUACCGGACGAAGAGGAGGGCGACGGCACGGGCGCGUCUGACCCGCGAAAUACGGGAUUUGUGGUCCAUCAACACCCUCGCAAGCAUGAAAACUCUGUCCCGCAGCAUCAUCGUAGAGGACGAUCAUCUAGAGAAGAGAUAAGGGCGGAGGAGGAAAGGUACAGGGCUACAGGACGGCUGCCGGCGAGACGACCAGUUUCAAUGAAGGACAAGCAGUUUACUAACAUUCAGCUAGCACCGGAUCAUGUAGUGGAGCGUGAGUUUUUGAUUCCAGACGAACCAGCCAACCCCAAGGCCUUGAAUCUAGCAGUUAUCGGACGACCAAAUGCAGGCAAGUCUUCGAUCAUGAACAGCUUGCUGAAUGUGACGAUAUCGGCGGUAUCGCCCAAGUACAACACGACGCGAGAUCGCGUCCUGGGCAUUUUUACGGCAGGCGAUGCUCAGCUUUCGUUCUAUGACACGCCUGGACUGAUCAAACCAAAGGAAAGUCAUGAAUAUGUACAGUCGUUGGUGACGACGGCAGCGGAAACACUACAAGGAGUGGAUUUGUCCAUGCUGGUCGUGGACUCGGUAAAGCGUCUCGAUGAGUCAGCUUUGCAGGCGUUGGAAAAGGUGCUGACUACGUCGGCGCAGUUGUGUUCCCCUACGAUGCUCGUGAUGAACAAGUUUGAUCUUGUUGGCCAGCGGGAGAAAAUGAACCUGGACAUGAAAGUGAAGGAACUAACUCAAAUGGUUGAGGAGAUUUAUACCAAACACUACGAUGCUGAUGGGGCGUCUUUACAGAUCGAUCCACUGGCUUACGUUGGUACAAACAGUAUCAAAAUCUCAGCGCUAAAAGGCUACGGCGUGGAUCGAUUGCGCAAGACGUUGCUCUCACUGGCAGUUGACCGCCCUUGGAGUUAUCACUCGUCCAUGCAUUCCGAUAUGUCGGAUUUGGAUUUAGUGAUGGAGAUCAUUCGUGAAAAGCUUUUUUGUCGAUUCAACAAGGAACUGCCUUACACGUUUGAGCAAGAGAACGUCGGUUGGACCAAGUUUAAAGACAAGAGCAUCCGCAUUGACCAAGAGAUUUUUGUUCCUGCUGCUCGAGUUCGUAAGAUGGUAGUUGGACACAAUGGAAACACGAUCCGUUCCGUGGGAAUGGCAGCUCGGGAUGAGAUUGAGCAGCUACUGAAGUGUCAUGUGCAUUUAUAUCUGAACGUCCGCUGUGGGUUUUUUAUCUGUCACUACGAAAAAAACGUCGCAAUGGAGUUCAAGAACCAGGGCAAUGCGUUCUUUGUGGAUGAACAGUACGAAGAGGCGGUGCUGUGCUAUACGCGUGCAAUUGAGAGACAUCCAGAGAAUGCAGACACGUUGUCGAAGCGUGCAGCGGCGUUUUUGAAGCUGCACAAGCUGCACGAGGCUGCCGCGGACGCUUUACGAGCCACGGAACUGGACGCGACGCUGCAUAUGGCGUAUAUGCGUCGUGGCAUGGCGUUGUUUGAGCUGGAAAAGUAUACAGAAGCCAAGCAGAUUUUCCAAAUGGGGAGACAGAAGACACUCAAGACGGAGGAGACGCUGUUCGUCGAGCAGUUCCAGACGUGGAUCGGCAAGUGUGAUACAGAGCUAAAGAGUGGGUUAUUGAAGGUGAAGAGAAGGCGUGUAGUAUGUUGCUUACUUGUCUCUGUAUUGCUGUCUUUCAAUGAUAUAGAGGUGGAGCUGGUGGUUCCUGAUGAGCUAUUGGAUACAGUGCAAAGUUUUGAGCGGAGCAAUCACAAGACUGCUGUGAUAGCUUCAUUGCCGGUCAAGCCGACAAUUCGUUAUGACUGGUACCAGUCAGAGUCUCACGUGACAAUAUCGAUCCUCCAGAAGAAACUGACACAAGAAGAUGUUGUAGUGACUAUUGAGCCAAAGAAACUUAUUGUCCGAGUGAAGUUGGAUGAAGAGUGGGUAGAGGCAUUUCAUGAUUAUCUUUUUGAUAAAGUCCUUCCUGAGGAGAGAUCGUACAAAGUUUUGGGCACGAAAGUGGAGCUGAAGCUCAGGAAAAAGAGCUGUGGUAUGCACUGGGACAAGCUCAAAGAAGUUGAGGACCCGUCGCGUGUACAUGUUAUGGCUGUCGCAGCAAAAUCCGAGUGCGGACCACGUCCAUACACGAGCAGCCGGAACUGGAACGAGAUCGAGAAGGCCAUUGACGACGAGCUCGAGACCGAGGAACCUAAAGGCGAGGAAGCAAUGCAGAAACUCUUCCGCGAUAUAUAUGCCAACGCCGACGAGAAUACGCGCAAGGCCAUGAACAAGUCUUUCCAAACUUCUGGUGGUACAGUCUUAUCGACCAACUGGAAAGAAGUGGCAGAUAAAAAUUACGAGAAGGAACGGACAGCACCAAGCGGAAUGGAGUGGAAAAAAUGGGGAUAA